GCGUGUUGCGUCUGAGUUCCAACUUCCAACAACUUUCGAGUCUUUCUUUCUUUCUUGCCGUCUCUUCCAUUCCCACUUCCGCCGCGCUCAUUUCAUACGAACACCACACCGGGCUCUGAGAUCCCUUUUCACCGUCCUCUCUCUUCGAUCCCCUCCGCUCUCGCCGUCGGCGGAGAGCGAUGUCGGACGCUCUCAUCAACGGGGUCGCCGGCGCAGGCGGAGGAAUCAUCGCCCAGCUCAUCACAUACCCUUUGCAAACAGUCAAUACUCGUCAGCAGACCGAUCGUGAUCCCUCGAAGUCUGGUAGCAAGGAUGGCACCAUCAAACAGAUGUACCAGGUCGUCAAGCACGAGGGGUGGGAACGUUUGUAUGGUGGGUUAGGGCCGUCGCUGAUCGGCACCGCUGCAUCUCAGGGUGUUUAUUAUUAUUUCUACCAAAUAUUCAGGGACAGAGCAGAAAGUGCUGCUCUUAAACGUUUCAAAAAAGGAAACGGGGAUGGAUCAGUUGGAAUGUUCCAAUCCCUCAUUGUCGCUGCAAUAUCCGGGUGUGUGAAUGUGCUGCUGACUAACCCAAUCUGGGUUAUAGUAACUCGUAUGCAGACACACAAGACCAAAAGAAGACCACCCACACAAGCACUUCCAUUCAUUUCGGAUAAUGCAAACAGUCCCACGCCUUAUGGAACUAGCCGUGCGGUUCGAGAAUUAUAUGAGGAAGCCGGAUUGACUGGUUUCUGGAAGGGUGUGAUCCCUACUCUUAUUAUGGUUAGCAACCCAUCCAUCCAAUUCAUGUUGUAUGAGACUCUCUUGCAGAGGUUAAAGAAGAAACGUGCAUUGAGUGGGAAGGGAGCUGAUGGAGUAACUGCUCUUGAGAUUUUUCUUCUUGGAGCUAUGGCAAAACUCGGAGCAACUGUCGUGACAUAUCCCCUGCUUGUUGUGAAGUCAAGGCUUCAGGCAAAACAAUCUUCAGGUGAUGACAAGCGACAUCACUAUAAAGGAACCUUUGACGCCAUCACCAAGAUGAUCCGGUACGAGGGCAUCUCCGUCUUCUACAAAGGAAUGAACACUAAAAUUGUCCAAAGUGUAUUAGCUGCCGCAGUCUUAUUCAUGAUCAAGGAAGAACUUGUCAAGGCUGCCGGUUUGCUCCUCAAUGGAUCAAAAUUGAAACCACCUUAAUUUUCUUCUUGCUUUCAUGCUUUCUAGCCAAUCAUAUACAGGCCAUUUAAUGCCAAAACGUUUGUAUUUGUGAAAAGUAAAGAUUCAUCUAUGCAUUCACUGACAACAGCAAAAUAUUUGGGCCUCAUGAACGAAGAUCUUACCACACAUGUAAUUGAUUAUUGUAAUAAUUGUAAUAGAGUUCUGGACUUA